UCUUCAUUCUGUUGCAUUCUUUUCAAAUUCUGUCCUUUUUGUUAUGAAGUAUUUUAAUGCGGCAAAGGAUCCAUAACCAAUUCUUGAACUUUGGAGUAUUAGCGGAUACUUCAAUAAAAAGAUUCUAUACUUCAUUAGAAUAUUCUAUACAGGACUUGUAGACAAUUCUCUUCAAGCAUCAUUGUUGAGCUUUAUAUUUUCAAUCUUUAAGACUGCUAUAACAAGAGGAAGAUAGCAAAGAAAAAUUGGAAAGGGAAAACAUGGUGAAAUGAGUUGUUGAUGGAAAAGGAGUGAUGGAUAUAGCAGAGAAGCAUACCUUUCACCAUUUCAGCCAUCAACAUUUGUUGGAAAGCACCAUUUUGUCUUCCACUGGAAACAUUACCUGUUAUGGUUGCAGCCUAACAAUAUUGUCCGGUAAGGACUACUAUGACUGUAAAACUUGCUCAUUUUCUCUUCACAGGAUAUGUUCAAACAUGCCUAGGAAAACCAGACACCCUGCACAUCCAAAUCAUUAUUUAACCCUCUUGGUUUCGCCUCCAUCUGCCAAUAGCACCUUUAAGUGUAAGGCUUGUGGAAAUAACGUCUCCGGAUUCUACUACAACUGCGCGGAAUGUGGAAUUUACUAUCAUAUUUUAUGCUCAUCUCUGCCUCUUUCAGUUGCAAUAACUUCCCACCCUCACACACUCAAGAUAGAAGUUUCGUCUCCGUAUGAUUUCUGCUGUGAUCUAUGUGAUAAACCAACUCAUUUAGGCUGGCUAUAUAGGUGUCGAUUCUGCGAGUUCGAUGCACAUAUUUCUUGUGCCAUUUCUGACCAACGAGUUCAACCUGUGCCACCACCUAACACUUUGACAAGGAAGAUUAUUUACUCGUCAGCUUCAACAAUGGAGGUGAACCGAAUGAUAGAUUAUGGAAUUGAAAGUAAAGAACUAAUGCAAUUAGUAUUGCAGGGAGUUUCAAGAAUUCAUCAGGACAGUAAUGACCAAGAAGUUGCUCAUAGUACCGCAGUGUCCGGAUGGGAUGAGAGAUUGCGAAGCCCUAAAGAGAACCAUGACAGAGACAGUGGUGGAUUUGGACGAUUUCGGUUAAAUCAAACAGAAACACAAAUUUCUAGCACUUUAACAAGUCCAAUAAGCAGAUCGCAAAAUAAAGAUGCAUCAACUCCAGCUUCUGAAGACCUGACAAUCCCAAGUUACCAAUUUAGUGACUUGUGUUUUUCAAUUGAUUUGCAGAAAUCUUAUUCAAGUCAAGAUCACAAGUUUCAGGCAAAUAGGGAAGCCAGUUAUAGAGAAAUGGAGAAGGUUAUUGUUCCUGAAGUCGAAGCAAGGACCAACUUUGAUGAUGCAAAAAUGCUUAAUAAGACUUCAGAUAAUUCCCAACCUCUGCAACAAGAACUUGAUUAUCCUAGAAGGCCAAUGUUCAAUCCCCUUUAUAAGGCUCCAGAGAACUGGCUGAACGAAGAAUUAUCUUCCAAAGGUGUCAAUCAUUAUGAUGCAAAAUUAGGACAAUAUCAAGCAAAUGGAAAAACAAUUAGAUCCGAGGGCAGGGAGAUUGCAAAUAACAGUACUAAAUCCAAAAAAUCAAGUUCAAGGUGCUCAUGUUGGACAAAGCUGUUCAGGUGUUGCUAUUAUUCAAGGUACCAAAGAUGUUCCAGAAGCUUCAAAAAUGGAGGCCUGUGAAAAGCUAUUGCCAACCAAGUGGAUGUGAAGUCAAAUUGUAUAGGAAAAUAAAUAAUCAAUUGUUUAGCAAUUUUACAAAUGUCAUCAUUAUUAGUUCAUGUGAUUAAAAAAAGUGUUAAGAAUCACAGCUAUGUAUUGAUUCAUGGACAUUACCAUUUACACAUUCAACUAUGUCUGUUGUGCCUUGGAGGAGAUCCUUCACAGUAAUCAUGAGCCGCAGAACAAAAUAGCAGUUACCCAUUGUGGAUACUUACCUAAUAUAACUCACUUUCACUCA